UGUGUGUGCCUGUUGAGGGAGCACAGAUAGACUGUGUAUUCUCCCCUCAUGUGUGAUAGUCAUCCCAAUCUUAUUAAGGUCUGCUGUUGCUGCUGCGUCCUUCCUCCUCCUCCUCCUCCUCUCUUUCUCCCUCCCUCCUUCAGUCUUCCCUCUCUCCCUCAGUCUUUCCCCUCUCUCUCUCUCUCUCUCUCUCUCUCUCCUUUCUCUUUCACCCGCCUGCCCUUCUGCUGCUGCUGCUGCUGCUGCUGAGACAGACCAUUACACUGCACUGCUGGAAAGGCCCCAGGCUCACAUUCACUUCUGCAAUUCUCUUUCUCCGUCUCUCUUUCACACACACCUUGCAAGACAAAAAUGUCAGGAGAGGAAGAUACUGUGUCAAACGGGUGCUUGCAGUCAGACCUGUCACUGGCUCUGGAGGACUGCAUGGCUGCCCUGGAUCUGUUUCUCAGAAACCACUUUGAGGAGGCACAGGCCCGGCUCAGAUGCAGAACCAAAGAAAGCAUGUACCACGCUUUGACGUAUGCCACCAUCCUGGAGAUGCAGGCUAUGAUGACCUUUGAACCCCAACACAUCCUGGCUGCAGGAAACACCAUGAAGGAGGCCCAGGCUCUCUGUCAGCGGCACCGCAAGAAGUCAAGCUUCUCCAGAAACUUCACAGAGGAGGAACUCCACGCUGAAGUUUGCUACGCCGAGUGUCUCCUGCAGAGGGCAGCACUCACCUUCCUUCAGGAUGAAAACAUGAUCAAUUUCAUCAAAGGGGGAAUCAAAGUGAGGAACAGCUACCAGAUAUACAAAGAGCUUCACACAGUCCUCCAGUCCUCUGGAUACACUCAUGGUGACAACCAUGGCCAUUUUGAGGGUGGUGUUAAACUGGGAAUAGGUGCCUUUAAUCUAAUGAUUUCCAUGUUGCCCACGCGGACGCUCAAGCUGCUGGAGUUUGUAGGUUUCUCUGGUAAUAAGGAGUUUGGUCUUCAGCAGCUUCAGGAGGGCUCUGCAGAAAGCACAUUCAGGUCCUUCCUAUGUAACAUGCUGCUGCUCUGUUAUCACACCUUCAUGAGCUUCAUACUAGGCACUGGUGAAGGAGACGUUGAAGAUGCAGAGAAACUGCUGCAGCCAUAUCUCAAAAAAUAUCCUAAGGGAUCCAUCUUCUUGUUCUUCGCUGGUCGAAUAGAGGUGAUCAAAGGCAACUUGAAUGAUGCUAUCAAGCGUUUUGAGGAGUGCUGUGAGGUUCAGCAGCAGUGGAAGCAGUUUCACCACAUGUGUUACUGGGAGCUGAUGUGGUGCUUCACAUACAAGAGGCACUGGAAGAUGGCGUACUUCUACGCUGACCUGCUCAGCAAGGAGAACUCCUGGUCCAAGGCUACCUAUGCGUAUAUGAAAGCGGCCUACCUCAGCAUGCUAACUACGGAUGAUUGCCUAACCUUCGGGGAGACUGCUUUCACUCUGUUCAGGCAGGUCCCAGGGCUGAAGCAGAAAAUAGCAGGAAAAUCUUUACCAACAGAGAAGUUUGCUAUAAGGAAAGCCCGUCGCUACCUCGCAGAAAACCCCAUUCCUCUUCCUGCUCCUCCACUGGAGAUGAUGUACAUCUGGAACGGCUAUACAGUCAUUGGCAAACACAAAGACCUGACUGAGGGCAUGCUGAAAACACUGCAUGAGGCACAGGCUAAACUCGAGAGCAGCCCAAGGACUGAGUUCUCCAUAGAUGAUCAGUGUCUGCUGAGCCUCUUGAAGGGACUGUGCCUCAAACACCUGGGACACCAAGAGGAGGCUGAACACUACUUUACCCUUGUCCUCUGCAAUGAGUCUCAGAUCAAGUAUGACCACUACCUGGUUCCUAAUGCCCUGCUGGAGCACGGCCUGCUGUGUCUGGAGCAAGGCAGAAAAGAUGAAGCUAUCAAACUCCUAGAAUCAGCAAAGCAAAAUUACAAAAACUACUCGAUGGAAUCACGGACACACUUCCGUAUUCAGGCUGCUCUGCACAAGGCCAAGGGUGUGGGGGAGAACGGCACCCAUGUUCCCUCCAGCCCAUAACAGACAGCGGAGGGCACACUAGAGCUGAGACAGCGUUCUGUUUCCACAGUCCCACAAUGCAACACUCUGCCCUGCCCAGCCCCGCCCAUUCGGGUGGAUGAUUUGUUUUUUCAUCAGGAGGGUAGGGGAAGAGGGAUGCUUGUUUUUCUUGUGUGUGCCGCCCUUACGGGCGUCUGCAGCUCUAUGUGGCCCUGACUGGGUUAGGCAGGUUUGCUACGCCCUCUUCCAGAGUUAUAUUGUGAUGAACUCCACUUCCUCAUGUGAUUUGAAAUAGAGACAAGUUGAGAAAUGUGCCUAUAUUUAUGAAACAUUGCUUCUAGCAGGCUUGUUUGUCCAGCACUGUGGCCACCCUUAAGGGGCGCACUAGGGUAGAAAACAAGGUCACAUUAAUAUAGUACUAUAUACUGCAGAUUACCUCCACUGCUACACCAGGAUAAAAAUGUGCCCAGUUCAGGGUAGAAGGGUUCAAUCUGAUGGAGCCAGAGUACCAAACAGCCCCUAUAUAAUUACCGACUCUAACUCCACCUGGCCAGCAGCACCAUUUGACCUGGUUGCUACAAAGCUCUCCCACUUAUUUUAAUUUAAUGUAAAUUAGAGGUUACUGAUGAAAUGACAAGAGUAGAUGGGGGGUGACACAUAAUUAUGUGUUGACAUAGUUUGAUAUCAGGUAUAUAUCUUAUCAUGCAACUCACCACAUAGUCCAUGAGGACUAUGAGACUGUUUUGUACUGUUUCAGUUGAUACAUUUUGGUUGACAGGUUUCACCUAUGUUCAGAUUUCUGAUCAGACCCAAUAUGACCUAAUUAGACAUAAAUCGUUUAUAUGUUGGAUUCACUUUUACACUGCAUAAACUAUGGUUCAUUAUGUUUCUGAGAGUGAGUUAACAUUUUAUUGUUUAUUUUAUUUUUCUUCCUUUCCUUGAAACCUUUUGAAACAUUGAAAGACACAAAUGUAUUCAUGUGUAAUACUUUCAGUCUCCUUCUGAAGAAAUGAUCAAAUCUGCAAUUCUGUCUUAUUUACAGUUACAUGAAAUGGCUUUUGCACAGAGCUAUGUAAAUCAGCCAGCCAUGCAGACUCUCCAGAGUAAAAAAAAUCAGAGUUGCAGUGAGUGUUGUUCUUUACAUUUAUAUACUGUAAAUGGCACCUUUUACAAAAAUUGUCCCGUUUUAAGAGGACAGAUGAAUGUGUCUUUUAGAAAGGCAGACUCCCUCCUUUUCUCCUCCUGGUGUGUCGGACAGGCUCCAACAGUACUUGAGCUUGAACAAACAGGCCAUUCACUCCGAGCAGUGAAGGACUGCGUGCUUGUCUGCCUGUUGCAUCUUCAGUGAGUGAUGAAGCUCUAACAGGAACCACCACAGUCUUCCUGCUUUGUGAACAUCCUCUGCUGCUCCUAUAUCAGCCAUGCUUGAUACUAUCUAUAGAAGGACUUCAACAUCAUAACCAUGACCCUGUGUCAAAUAAUAAUCUGUAUAUGAACAAAUACGUGUAAUGAUUGAAAUGAUAAGACAGAAAGGGGUCACCUCUAAUUGUGUUGGUGGUGAGGUUAUUUGAAGGGUUGUGUCCCUACAACAAAACCUAGAAACUCAGAUGGUGUCUCAAGUGUUGCAAUUAGAGCACUGCUGAUUUAUUUAUGAUUAGAGUAAGGUUUGGGAUUCAAGACGAUGACUAGGAGUCAGUUUCAAUGUUUUUUAAUGGUGGAGGAAAUUUACUUUCAAUGUUGUCUUAACAGCAGUCGUGAAUAUUCCAAUAACAAAUCACAUUUUAUUUUCCUAUAAUUAAUUAAGCUUAUUUAUCUUUUUUCCCCUUGGUUUCACAGUUAUAUCUGAAAGAAACUCUAACUAAAUUAAAUGGCAUUGUGAUGUUUACAAUCAGUAUAUUUUACUGGGCACCUAAGCAGAAUGACAUUCCUGUACAUAAUGAAUGUUUCUAUUGUAAUUUAAGAUGAAAUGAUAAUACGCAACUAAAAAACACAUACCAUU